AUGGAGCCGGACCAGGACGAACGAGACACGCGGCAGUCCCAGGCAGCAGCGACGCCGGCAUCGAGCGAUGAUGGCGGCCCCGUGCGUGCCAAUUCGUCGCCCCCUGCCGCCGAGAGUCAGAAGAGGGCUUUAGAUCACGACUCACUUGUGACGGUCCGCCUCUCCGAGCCCCCGUCGCUGUACGUGAAUACAUCGGUCCCUCCGAACACGCUUCCGUCCCGACGGAGCCUAUACGGCCUCGACUACACUCCAAGCGAUACCUUGACCGAGCCUGUACCCGAAGAGGACGACGGUGGCGUGCUUGAGCAUUUCGAAACGGACUCACCCGCUUCGGACAAGGGCCGGAGCCUCCAGGAGGAACUCGAGCAGAUGGACAGCGAGGACGGCGAGGAAAAGGAUGGCGAAAUACAAGAGCUCCAACAACGUUCCAGCUCCGAAUCAGACAGCGUCAAGUGGGAUGAGCUCCAGAAGACGGAAGACUCGGAGUCAAGAGAGCAGGACUCUGAUCAUUCUACAGCGCUGCUGCUCGCAAAACUUGACCAAGAGAACAACAAAAUUGCCAAGAAUCCAAAGAGCUUCAAGGUCAAGGUGGUAGAAAAUGACGAACCAUCGUCAGGAGGCCAGCCAAGGCCUCCCUCGAUGGCCCAGCUACGGAAAAUGGUCCACGGGCCUACGCCUUCGGCUCUUCGAUACUCGGUCCUCCCGCCGCCGCCAAUGACGGAUCUCGAAUUCUACCUUGCACUGGUCAAAGACCCCCAGCAGACAGCAGCUCGACUGCCGACACUGCUUUCCAACAAGAUCCGCAGAGGCGUCCCUCCGCCGCUUCGAGGCGUGGUCUGGCAGAGCAUGGCGGGAGCCCGGGAUGGCGCCCUGGAGGAAAUCUACGAUAGGCUGUCAGGCGAGUCCAGCCCGUAUGAGGGCAUCAUCGGCAAGGACAUUGGACGGAGCUUUCCCGGCGUCGACAUGUUCAGAGACCCAGAAGGCGAUGGCCAACGGAUGCUGGCUCGGGUUCUCAAGUGCUUCAGUCUCUAUGACACCAAGAUUGGUUACUGCCAGGGGCUUGGAUUCCUGGUUGGACCACUCCUGAUGCACAUGCCCGACAAGCCUGCGUUCUGCGUCCUCGUCAGAUUGAUGGAAAACUACGAUCUUCGCCAUUGUUUUGUUCCCGACCUGUCAGGACUGCAUGUUCGGAUUUAUCAAUUUCGGGAGCUGCUGCGCGAGUUUCUACCCACAUUGUCGGCUCACCUUGACGACUUGCAGGUUGAUCCCGCCUAUGUUUCACAAUGGUUCUUGUCUUUUUUCGCCGUAACAUGCCCCCUACCGAUGCUGUUUCGCAUCUACGAUGUGAUCUUCGCCGAGGGCGCGUCGGAGACAAUCAUGCGAGUGGCUCUGUCGCUCAUGCGCAAAAACCAGGCCCGCAUCCUAGCUAGCACCGAGAUGGAGGACGUAAUGCACCUUCUCCUCUCGCGCGGCCUCUGGGAUUGCUAUCACUACAGCGCCGAUGAAUUUGUAGAGGACUUUGUCAAUCUCUCGGGCGUUGUCACCAAAGAGCGGAUGGCAGCGCUCGAACGGGGGUACAGGGAGGCUAAGAUCAAUUCGGGCGCCAAUUCCAAGAGCACCGAUGCAACACAGGUGUCGGACGUUACCACGGCAGCCUCCCGCUUCUUGGGCCGCCUGUGGGCUUCCUCAACAACAACUAAAUCCGCCGCGCUCACUCAGACGGCCGCAUCGGCGCAAUCAGGACUCGCCGCACCGGCCACCACCACCAGCAAUACCCUCAGUCCUGGCCUGAGUCUGGCCUCGCGCCCGCUGAGCAUGCUCCGGAGGAGCACAUCCAAGCAGAGCUUGGCUUCGACGCUCAACUCGAUGGAAGUCGCAUCUCUGGCGAGCUCGUCGUCCGGCGCCAGCGACCUAAGCGCUGCAUCAACUGAUGCCACCUCCAUCUCCCGAGACAGCUCCGCCGACGAUUUAUCCCGCGAGCCAUCGCCAGCAUUCGUGACCGCGACACCCAAACCAGCGCCAACGUCGCUCUCCAACAGCGCCGCAAGCGCCAAGUCCGACAGCAAAUACCUGCACAGCCAGAUUGAAGAUCUCCUCACAGUACUCGGCGAGCUUCAGAGGAAUCAUUCGCUGUUGGCCAGUCAGCUGCAGAGGGAGAGAGAAGAACGCGAAGAAGAUCGGAGGGCGGUGCGGUCGCUUUUAGAUGGGCUGCGGAUAAAGGCGAGCACCGAGACAGCACCGACGUGGGGCCGGAGCGACAGCGAAAAAACAAUAACGAGGGCGAAAGAUGCAUCGGGUGCGCUAUCUGGAGACGAAGUCGCACAGCAACAGCCCCCGCCUACACCCGAGCAGCUAUCGGACCUGCUCGAAGUUGUCGAAGGGCGCUUUGGCGAGUCGGCAGCUAGUCGAAGGUCCUCAGUGCCACAAACCAAGCUGCAACUUCGGGAUGAGCUAGCUCGGGCGAAGGAACAACUUUCAAACGAAAUGGCCAAGACGCAGGACUCGAGUCGCCGCUUAUACGAGAUGGAGCAUGAAGUCUCAUCGGCGAAAGAACAGCUGCGGGAAAGCCACGCACACGUUCGGAACCUGCAUCAAGAAAAGCAGCGACUGGAAAAGCAGAUUCAGGGUCUGAGGACUAGGGCAUCCGACACACCAGCGUCCAACGCAGACAACGGCGACUGGUUUUCGAAGGCCACGGGCAUGGGAGGCGGCACCAGCUCUGCGGCACCUCCUGCUGGUGGCCUCCGCGAGCUGAAACUUGGCCGUAGUAGGUCGACGCCGUCUCAGACGCCGGCGCUGUUUAACAAACGGGCGUCUUCGGUCAUGACGCAGAAAAGCGUUAGCAGGGAGUCUUCGGUGGCGCCCACGCCGGCUCCCGCUUACUCGAGCGCCCCGGUCAGCGAGUACGACUCUCUUUUGCUCGAGCUUGCGCAGGCGAAAACCGGCGAAGCAGUUGCUAAGCAGGAGGCCGAAGAAGCAAAGCAGAGACUCGAGAAGCUUCGCAAAGCCUUUGGGCUGGCACCAGGCGAAACGCCCCCAGCCAUGCAGAUACAGACGAGCACCGCGGCGGAGAUUGCAGGAAACGGGGCGUCGGCUGCAGCGUCGGCUGCUAUAAACAUGUUCGGCCGAUUGACAGGAUCGGCGUCUCCGGACCCGGCGGCGGCGGCGGCGAAGACGUUGACCCCGAACCCGACGCCCGCCGGUGGUACCACACCCGGUGGGUUCUGGGGAUGGAGAAGGUAA